AACUUACUAGAAUAUUUCAUAAAACUUCAUCUCCCUCCAUAUUUUCGCGAAGACCUCGAACCGUACAGACUCAGUCUUCUGAAAGCGCGCCAGCAGCUCUUCACAGUCGUCCUUCACCUGCUGUUUACAGCGGAUCAUUUUAGGGUUUGAACGCAUCAUCAAGGCGGUAUUUGAAUGCAUCACUGUGGCGGAUAUGAGGAACGGUGACGUGGAGGCGGAGCGGACAGGUAGACCAGCGAUCCGAGGACUUCAGUAGACCCACGAAGACUACUGGAUAUAGUACACUACUCAAACGUACACGUCGUGGUCGCAAUCGCCUUUUUGGUUGCCGGAGGAGUCCCAUAAUACUCGAUUUAAAUCGUAAACAAGUGAGGAUCCGCAAAGAAAAUGGCGGAGGCGGACGGCUCCAGCAGAGCCUUCUUAGGACUGUCGGAUGUUUCCAUCUCUGAGGACAUCCCGGUGGAGGGAGAUAUCUCAAUGCCCCCAACCUCCAGCUCACAGGACGACGGGUUCUCCACCCUGGACGAGCCGGUGAAAGACACGGUCCUGCGGGACCUGAAGGCGGUGGGCAACAAGUUCGUCCACGUCCUGUACCCCAAGAAGAGCAAAGCUCUGCUGCGGGACUGGGACCUGUGGGGUCCCCUGCUGCUGUGUGUCACGCUGGCCCUGCUUCUCCAGGGGGGGUCGGUGGACAGCAAGGACGACGGGGGCCCGCAGUUCGCCGAGGUCUUCGUUAUCAUCUGGUUCGGGUCGCUCAUCAUCACUUUGAACUCCAAGCUCCUGGGCGGAACCAUCUCGUUCUUCCAGAGCCUGUGCGUCCUUGGCUACUGCAUCAUGCCCCUCACUGUCGCCAUGGUGGUCUGCAGGAUAGUCCUGCUGGGGGGCUCCGGGACCGUCAGCUUUGUGGUUCGGCUGGUUGUGGUCUGUGCAUCCUUCGGCUGGUCCACCUUCGCCUCCACAGCCUUCCUGGCGGACAGUCAGCCCCAGAACCGCAAGGCACUGGUGGUCUACCCGGUGUUCCUCUUCUACUUCGUGAUUGGUUGGAUGAUCCUCACCUUCGCCCCGGCGCAGUGACCCCGUCGGGCGAGGUCCGGAGUGCUGAACCCCUGGAGAGGAGGACUCUAGACCACGAGCCGGAUGGUUGAAGUCAUCCUGGACUUUGGAACUGACUGCUUUUCUUCUGUUAGUCUGUCAGGGGGGGUUAACCAAAGCGUACUAUAAAAGGUGGAUUGUUCUUCUGCUGGAUGGUCGUCCGACAGCUGGUUGUCAUGCGGGGGAGGGGAACCGCGGUCAGAAAGUUCAGUUUUUAGGGGACACUGAAGGAAAAGGGACACGACUUAGGAGCUUAAAAGCAUUAAAACUUAACCAACUUGCCUGCUGAUGUGGUCAUGAUUGCAAGUCGACGUCGAGGGAAUGUCUUUGGUGACAGUGCAAUCCUUGUUUUAUAAAAGCACGGGCUUUUGUUUCCUGGUUUAGUUUCCCACUUCCCCCCCCCCCCCUCCUAGUGGACCCAGAAGAGGUGACCCUCUGGUGGACCCAGAAGAGGUGACCCUCUGGUGGACCCAGAAGAGGUGACCCUCUCGUGGAUCCAGAAGAGGUGACCCUCUCGUGGACCCAGAAGAGGUCAAUCUCUGGUGGACCCAGAAGAGGUGACCCUCUGGUGGUCAGGUCUUGGAAUGGUCAACACAAUGAAUGUAGUGCAUCUUGCUUUGGUCGCAUUUAUUUCCUAAAUACAACAUAUGCAUCCAGUUCAGCAAGGGUCCACUUUUAGUCUUUUUGUGUUUUAAUAGCCACAGUGCAAGGUUUAUUUAGUUCUCCUUCAAACUCCUUUUCUGUUCAAACUUUAUUUUCCAUUUUCAGUAUUUGAUACGAAAUGUCCCUUUAUACCAUGACUACUAUCUGAUGACUAUCUUCUUCCUAAUUAUAUUUGAUUCAUAUCUAUUAUGUUAAUACUUGGGGAAGACUAAUAAAACUAUUCUGAACAAAACAAA